UAUCGUUAGCACUCAAAGUACCAAUCUAGCUAACACACUUCAUCUGGCGUUGGCUAAGAACAUUUAAGCCAGUAUAACACAAAAUAUGACUCCUUAAAUGUGAACUGAGAGGUACACAAUAAAGCGAGUAACUGACAACGUAUCAGGCAUAGAUGCAGAGGGCAGCCUUCCAACAUGUAUGCUGUGUACAGACAAGCCCACACCCCCACUGCUGUGGAGUUUUCUGUCUACUGCAACUUUAUAUCCGACAAGGAGAAAAAUCUAGUCAUCGCUGGAACGUCUCAGCUCUACGUCUACAGGAUCAGCCAUGAUGUGGAGAGUACGUCAAAGACUGACAAGUUGUCCGAUACCAAAACCCGUAGAGAUAAGCUGGAGCAGGUGGCAUCGUUUUCUCUCUUUGGCAAUGUGAUGUCAAUGGCCAGUGUGCAGCUUAUAGGUUCCAGCAGAGAUGCACUCCUUCUAAGUUUCAAAGAUGCCAAGUUGUCUGUAGUCGAGUAUGAUCCUGGGACACAUGACCUCAAGACGUUGUCUCUGCAUUACUUUGAGGAGCCAGAGCUCAGAGAUGGCUUUGUACAAAAUGUACAUAUCCCAAUCGUCCGCGUAGAUCCAGAGAAUCGCUGUGCUGUGAUGCUUGUUUAUGGCACCAAGCUGGUGGUGCUGCCAUUUCGAAAGGACACGCUGACUGAUGAGCAGGAAGGUGGAGUGGGAGAAGGACCUAAAUCCAGCUUCCUACCCAGUUACAUCGUAGAUGUUCGCGAGUUAGAUGAGAAGCUAUUGAACAUCAUCGACAUGAAGUUCCUCCAUGGUUACUAUGAACCCACGUUGCUAAUUCUGUUUGAGCCCAACCAGACGUGGCCUGGCCGCGUGGCUGUUCGUCAGGACACCUGCAGCAUCGUUGCACUCUCUCUUAACAUCAUGCAGAAAGUUCAUCCUGUCAUCUGGUCUCUCAGUAAUCUGCCUUUCGACUGCACGCAGGUCAUGCCUGUCCCCAAACCCAUCGGUGGCGUGGUGGUGUUUGCUGUGAACUCGUUGCUGUAUCUGAACCAAAGUGUUCCACCGUACGGAGUUUCUCUAAACUCGAUGACAAACGGGACCACGUCCUUCCCUCUGCGUAUUCAGGAAGAAGUGAUGAUCACGCUAGAUUGUUGUCAGUCUGACUUUAUUGCUUAUGACAAGAUGGUCAUCUCACUGAAAGGAGGAGAGAUUUAUGUCCUGACGCUCAUAACAGACGGCAUGAGGAGCGUGCGUGCUUUUCACUUUGAUAAAGCUGCAGCGAGUGUCCUGACAACCUGCAUGGUGACCAUGGAGCCUGGCUUCCUGUUCCUCGGUUCCCGCCUCGGGAACUCGCUGCUCCUGAAGUACACGGAGAAACUGCAGGAGACGCAGAUCGAGGAAGGCAAAGAGAAGCAGGAGAAGGAGUCGUCAGAGAAGCAGGAGGAACCGCCCAACAAGAAGAAGCGUGUAGAGUCUUCCACCAACUGGACUGAUGAGGUGGAUGAGAUCGAGGUGUAUGGUAGUGAGGCCCAGUCAGGCACUCAGUUGGCCACCUACUCCUUUGAGGUAUGUGACAGCAUUCUGAACAUCGGACCCUGUUCAAAUGCCUCCAUGGGCGAGCCUGCCUUCCUGUCUGAAGAGUUUCAGAACAACCCAGAGCCGGACCUGGAGGUGGUGGUGUGCUCUGGUUAUGGUAAAAAUGGUGCACUGGCUGUCCUCCAGAGGAGCAUUCGGCCCCAAGUAGUCACAACGUUUGAGUUGCCUGGUUGCCAUGACAUGUGGACUGUCAUCGCAAAGGACGUCAAGAAAGACAAAAAAGAAACUUCAAAAAGCGAUGAGUCAGAGGAUGGAGCAAAGAAUGAGACUGAGGAGGAGGAGGAGGAGGUAGAGCGGGUAGAGGAAGAGAAGGACAAGGAGGAAGUGGAGAAAGAGGAGGAGAAGACAGACUCUCCUCUGGAAGAUGAUGCAAAGAAGCACGGCUUCCUCAUCCUGAGCAGAGAAGAUUCGACCAUGAUCCUUCAGACGGGUCAGGAGAUCAUGGAGCUGGACACCAGUGGGUUUGCCACUCAGGGGCCCACAGUGUUUGCUGGAAACAUUGGAGAUAACAAGUACAUCAUCCAGGUCUCCCCCAUGGGCCUUCGACUUCUAGAAGGAGUGAAGCAGCUUCACUUCAUUCCGAUGGAUCUGGGCUCUCCCAUAGUGCAUUGCUCCGUGGCAGACCCUUAUGUGAUUAUCAUGACCGCUGAAGGAGCGGUCACCAUGUUUGUGCUGAAGAGCGACUCGUACAUGGGCAAAACACACCGGCUGUCUCUGCAGAAGCCUCAGAUUUCCACACAAUCUCGUGUGAUCGCGUUGUGUGCGUACCGAGACGUGAGCGGCAUGUUCACGACGGAAAACAAGGUGAGCUGCUCCGACACGGACGGUGGCGUCAGCAGGAGUCAGUCAGAGACGGAGACGGUCUACCAGGACAUCAGCAACACUGUUGAUGAUGAGGAGGAGAUGCUGUACGGAGACUCCACCACCAGCUCUGCCAAAGAGGAAAUGAGCCACAGCUCAGCGGCUGCAGCUGCUCCUGCGAGCGAGGGCGGCCAGAGCAAGACAGAGCCCUCCCACUGGUGUGUGAUCAUCAGGGAGAAUGGAGUGAUGGAGAUCUACCAGCUGCCUGACUGGAGAUUGGUGUUUCUGGUGAAAAACUUCCCUGUAGGUCAAAGAGUUCUGGUGGACAGCUCGUCUGGUCAGUCGGCAACACAAGGAGACGGGAAGAAAGAAGAAGUCGCCCGACAGGGAGAGUUCCCUUUAGUCAAAGAGGUCGCUCUGGUUUCUUUGGGCAACAACUGCAGCAGACCAUAUUUACUGGUCUAUGUGGAGAACGAGCUGCUGAUCUACGAAGCGUUCCCUUACGAUCAACAGCAGCCGCAGAACAACCUGAAGGUCCGCUUCAAAAAGAUCCACAACAACAUUAACUUCAGAGAGAAGAAGUCGAAGCCUAGGAGAGACAAGAAGGCAGAAGGUGGUCCUGAGGAAGCCCCACCAGUGAAAAGCAGGAUCGCCAGGUUCAGAUACUUUGAGGACAUCUCCGGGUACUCGGGGGUGUUUAUCUGUGGCCCGUCGCCACACUGGAUGCUGGUCACCUCACGAGGAGCACUGAGGCUUCAUCCCAUGUCUAUCGACGGGCCCAUCGAGUCCUUCUCUCCAUUUCACAACAUCAAUUGUCCUAAAGGCUUCCUGUACUUCAACAAGCAGGGUGAGCUAAGGAUUAGCGUUCUACCCACCUACCUGUCUUAUGAUGCCCCAUGGCCUGUGAGAAAAAUUCCACUGAGGUGCACCGUGCACUAUGUCUCCUACCAUGUUGAAUCCAAGGUGUACGCUGUGUGCACGAGUGUGAAGGAACCGUGCACUCGCAUCCCCAGAAUGACUGGAGAGGAGAAGGAGUUUGAACCCAUUGAAAGAGCUGAUCGUUACAUUGUCCCUCAGCAGGAGGCAUUUUCCAUCCAGCUCAUCUCUCCAGUCAGCUGGGAGACCAUUCCCAACACUAGGCAACACGUCGUCUGCAAGAUCUUCCUGUGGGCCCUGAAAGACAACGACUUGACAGGCAUGGCCUUCAUCGACACACAGCUCUACAUCCACCAGAUGAUCAGCAUCAAGAACUUCAUCCCGGCAGCCGACCUGAUGAGGAGCAUCUCUCUUCUGCGCUACCAGGAGGAGAGCAAGACGCUGUCACUCGUGAGCAGGGAUGCAAAACCCUUAGAGGUGUACAGCGUCGAGUUCAUGGUGGAUAACAACCAGCUGGGGUUUCUGGUGUCGGACCGAGACAAGAACCUGUUUGUGUACAUGUACCUGCCUGAAGCUAAAGAGAGCUUCGGAGGCCUGCGCCUGCUGAGGCGAGGCGACUUCAACGUCGGCGCUCACGUUAACACUUUGUGGAGGAUGCCGUGCAAAGGAGCCAUGGAUGCUGGCAGCAAGAAGACUCUGACCUGGGACAACAAACACAUCACAUGGUUUGUCUUCAGAAUGCUGAGAGGAGCAUCCUGGAUGGAGAACUCCUCAACAAGUAUCUGUACCUCAGUACGAUGGAGCGCAGUGAGCUGGCCAAGAAGAUCGGCACCACGCAGGACAUCAUCCUGGACGAUCUUCUGGAAAUCGAGAGAGUAACGGCUCAUUUCUGAGUCCCAGCUCACUGUUUGUUUGUCAGGGAGGAAAACCAG